AACGGAUAUAGUAUAUAUUGUUGUAAAGCAUUACUGAUUAAUAUACUGCUAUUCUUCUGCUUCCUUUAUGCCCUAUUAUGUUCCUACUCCACCCCAGGGGGCGCUUGUUGCUCUGUGAGUCUCAGCCCUCAGGCCUCUAAUCAUAGCAACCCAUUGCAGAUGACAAGUUGGGGCUUGUCUGUUGUGAGCCAAUGGGCUGAGCCAGAGCUUCAGCUUCCUCUCUGUCUCAGUGCACUGCAGCCUGCUGCUGCCUGCCUGUAGACUUAUAGUAGCGCUCACUGCUCUGUGCUGCUCUGAUGCUCACCCACACACCCACAGCUGUUCAGCCUGGCUAGUCCCACAGAGAGAGAAGCAGAGAGGCAGUGUGUCUCCAAGCCUCUAGAAAACAGAAUCAGAUCCUUCUCACGAGCCUCUGUGUCCACUGCUACUCCACUGACUGACACAGAGCUAUACUCUACCAGCGGAGGUGCUGUGAGCGGCUGGAGGUCGUCUGGCAACCCAGAGACAUGUACCCAGUGACAGUCUGGCUAGAACAUUCAGAUCCUGUGCCAGAAACCCUAGUGAGGUCAUCUCCACUAGACUGAGAAACAUGCGCCACACCUUCAUCCAGCACUACCAGGAACCAUGGGAAGAGAACCACAGCCUAGACAGAGAGAGUGGAGUGAAGUUCUCCAGCCAGACAGAGGCUUUGUACUACAGGGUUCUAGAGGCUGUCAUCAAUCAGGAGAGGAAGAGGCUGGGAGACAUUUUAGUCAUUCUGGAGCAUGAUCUGUUCCAGCGCUCUCUAGUGGCCUGUUGUCUGGAGAUGGUAAUCUUCUCCCAUCAGCCACCAGGCAGCUUCCCCCUGGUCAUUGACAUCUUUAGCCUGGCGCCAUACGACUUCUACAAGGUGAUAGAGCUGGUGCUGCGGGCUGAGGAGGGCUUGCUGCCGGGUGUGGUCAGGUAUCUGACCCAUAUAGAGGAGCAGGUCCUGGAGAGUCUGGCCUGGAGGAGAGACUCACCACUCUGGGACCAGAUCAGAGCUGCUAAGGGUCAGGGACAGCUGCCUGCAUACCAUCAGGUGAUGCUCCCCCAAUACUCAGAGGACAAAGACAAGAUGGCCAAGAUCCCUCCCACCCCUUCACACUUGACCUCAAGCCUUGUGAAUGGGAUCCAUGGAAAUGACCUGAACUCCCCGAUUACCCACCAUGAACGCUACAGCUCACCCCCUGCUGGCUCAAAGAUGGCCGCUUGCCCUACCACACCAGUCAGCCCAUCCCAGUCCUCCUCUGUCAUUGUUACUGGACAGACUGUAGUCACCAUGGCAUCAGCCACUGUCACCACCAACAAUGGCCAGUCAGUCACCAUACCGGUUUGAGGCAUUGCCAACGACCGGGGAGCCAUCACAUUUACCCUCAGUGUUGUAGGUCAGCCCAUUCCUCCACAGCAAGUCCCCAGCAGCCCCAG